AUGGCCGAGGCAGGUGACGGCGACGGCUCGGACGACGCCGUGAGCCUCUCCUGCCGCAGCGACGGCUGCGCCAGGUUCGAGGCGCUGCUCAGGCAGACCCUGAACACCAGCGUCGACCCGUGCCACGACUUCAAGGCGUACGUCACCUCGCGCUGGCUGCCCAACGCCGCGAUGGAACUGGACGACCACUGGAGGUACGCGUGGAACGCCAAGUACGCCUGGAUGCGCAACAUGGCCGACGAGAUAAGACUGCGAUACCACGUGACGCCGCUGGGACGCCUGAUUGUGUCGUCCUUCGAAGCAUGCGCGAACAGGGCAAAGGAGAACGCGGGCGAGACACGGAGGCUGUUCAAGCAGCUGAUGCAUGACCUCGGCAUUUCUUGGCCCGGCACCCCGCCCAGCAACGUAGACCCGUUCGAAGCCCACCUCAACCUGAGCAUCCACUGGAACGUACCCCUCUGGUUCGACCUGAGAAUGCUUCCGGGCAAUCCCGUGGCCGGUCGAAAGGCAAUCUACGUCUACCCGAGUCCCUACGCCAAAUUCUGGAGAGGCCAGUACAUCGCCAUGAACAGCGAGGCCGCGGUACGGCGGUACGUGGACCAGUACUUGGCCUUCUUCCUCGACGGAGACGGGGCGACGCAAAAGAUGAGUGCCGCCGACCGCUACCAGUGCGACAGGGUGUUCAACUUCACCAAGCACGUCGUCUUUCGGCUCGCCGAGGUCGUCAGGCACCAGCGCGUCGCGGUCUUGGAGUUCCACACCUUGGCGCAAGGGUUCGGCCAGAGAACGGAACGCCUCGUUUCUUUGAUGAACAAGCACUUCCGGCCCAACGACUCCUCGUUCGCCUCGGUGGACAAGGCCAUUGUGAAGGCAACGGGUACGAUGGACGUCGUCCGUCGCAUCGCCGCCAAUGCUGAUUCCUCGCUGGUCUUGAGUCACCUGGGCUGGUGGAUGUUGCAGGUGUACGCGCCUAUACUGAAUAACCACUUCUUCGUCCAAAAGUACGGAAGCGAAGAGAACGCCAACCUGCUUCGUCCGCUGUUCUGCGAGACCCAGGUUGAGACUUCCUUCAAGCUCCUGCUCUUCGCUAACCACAUCGCCCUAAACUUCCCCAGGCGCGUGCGACAAAGCAUCAACGAACUGCUGACCAGCGUUCGAGACACAGCCGUGGCCGAGUACGCAAAGUCGGACCUGCCCGCGGUGACCAAGACUCGGUUGGUGGAAAAGCUGAAACGCUUGGGCAUGAACCUCUGGCCCAAGGCGGCGUACCGGUCUUCCACGCAGCUCCGACGAAUCUACUCGUUCGAGUACGCGAGUAAGAAGACGAUGCUGGACUACUGGAUCUCGGAGAGGCAGGGUAUCGCCGCGCUCAUCGGCAGCGACGCGUACUUCGAGGACAAGCGGUUGCCUCACUGCAACUCCAAGGACCCGUUCUCCUACGACACCAUCUUGGACACCGUCACCUUGUCGAUGAUCGUGGUGCACGAGCCGUUCUAUUACCGCGCCGGCGACAGCGCGAUCAACUACGGCGGUCUGGGCGCGGGCUUCGCGAAGACCCUCCUGGAAGGCCUGGAACGCGACCCCGAAUUUCAGGCUGCCGCCGCCGGUGACGCGUCGAGCGGCGCUACGCAGCAGAGCAACGGGAGCCUUGGGCAGGAAGCAGUUGGCUACGAGACCACGCGAAGCAUCGCCCUGAGCGGCCAAGUCUUUUUGCCGGCAUUUCGCGCUUUCCUGGCUCGGAGGAACGGCGAUCCGGUUAACGCGGGCAAAUUUUCGCCGGCGAAAGUGUUCUUCGUCAACUAUUGCCACAGUCAGACGCGGAUUUCGGCGAGCUUCGAUUGCAACUCGGCACUUCGAGGAGCGCCUGACUUUGCGAACGCGUUCGGCUGCAAGCAGGGUAGCUACAUGAACCCAUGA